UAACGGUUGUGUGUUAAAUUAUAACUGCUGUAUAAUGUACUGUGUUCUUUGUCAUUUUUUCUGAAACCCUUCCCCCAAAGCCCUAUUUGUCUCCAUUUUCUCCAUCCUUCUUCUUCCCCGACUUCCUCCUUCACCACAUAUCGAUUACAGCAAGCAAGAAAGGGGGAUGAGGAAUUAAAGUCUAAAGGAAGGGAGAAGAGAGAGAGGCCGUGAGAGUGAAUGAGGAAGAAAUUUAGAAUUUUUUGGGGGGUUUUGAUUCGACAAGCAAAGCAGUAACAACUGAGGUGAUUUAGGGCCACCAAGAAGAAGCGGCCAAAAGAGGUGAGAUUACUGUACAAUGAAUUUUGCAUUCUAUGCUUAGAAGAGUUGGAAUUAGUUUGAAAGAUUUAGGGAAACUAUCAAGUAUUUCUAAACCUUAUGCUCCUGGUUGUGUGUUGUUCUUGGUUGCUGAGGACUCUGUUUUUAGAAAUAUAUAGAUGUUUUAUUUGUUUUUUCUGGAAUGUAUGAAUGUUGGUUUCAAAAUAAAACGCACAGAAGGAAUUAGGGCAGAAUCCAGGUUUGAUUAGCUAUUUUUAGGGAUUGAUUAUCAUGUUUUAUGGUUCUUUGUUUUGUGCAUAUUUUUUCCCAUCCGGGUCUUACUGGAGUAUCAUGGUUUGUUUUGCUUUUCACCUUUCCUCUGUGCAUAGGCUAGUUUCUUAUUUUUUUAAAAUUCUUUUCCAAUAUUUCUUUCCGUAAAUCUCCACUCUGUUUAACCUGGUUUAACGCGGAUUUUUCAGAUUAUUAUACGAACUAGUUUGUCCGGAAAUUCAAUUUGAAUGUGACAUAGAAUCUGGAAGUUUUGGUCUGAAAAUCUGGUCUGAGGUACUGUUUUAGGAGACUUGAUGCUUCUGGUUUUUGAACCGUUCCACUGAUUUCUUUGGAUGAAGCUUCUUUUUACUUAUAACAGGACAACACUGUUUCUAAUGGCAGGACUAAUGGUUUAUUCAUAAAUGGUCUUUGAAUCUGACCCUCAGUCACCCAAGUGCUGACAAUUCUGAACUCAUCACUUACGAGACUGACCUUGUAGCUUCCUUCUUUCUUGAACCUGAACUCUUUUCUCAUGAAGUUUAUUGUUUACUUUUGUUGUCUACCUAGGUGUGUAGUGCAGCUCACGAGCUAGUUGAUUUAGGAUAGUUAAGCUGUGCCUAUUAGAGGUCAAAGGUCAAUAGAGGCCAGGUGUCACAGUUUGAAUAAACAGAUGUGUCUGGCAAAUUCUGCUAUGCAUUUCAAGGAAAAAAAUCUUUAAACACUAAAAAUUACUGUAAAAAUAAACUCUGCAGCUGAUUAUCUGAAGAGAAACUUCAGGAGGAUUUGAAGACAAUAUCUCCAGAGUGCCCAAGUCUAUGGAUCCUGACUAUGAGUUUUAUUUGAUGGGUGAUACCAAUUUUCAUUUAACAAAUGCUGAAACUGAGGAGAAUGAACCACAAUAUGAAAUUUUCUUGAACAGCCUAAAGCAAGAUGGUGAUGUAUGGGUUGUUCAAGCUGAUGAAAGGAAUGGAUCACCUGAGAAUCACCGCAUGGAAAAUGUUACGGAUGAAGUGUUCGAUCAAGAGAUCAGGAGGGAGAAGACGGACAUUACUGUCGAAAAUGUAGUUUAUACUCCACAUGUUGGUAGUUGUCGUAAAAAACAGCGUGUGGAUAAGGAUCCCGAUACUGCGCCCAGCCAUACAUAUUCUACGCAGCACAAUAAUGAAAAGUUUGGCAGGUCUGCAAAGAAUCCUAUUGGUAAAAAUGAGAGAAUCUCAGCAAAAGUCACCAAGGGAGUAGUGUGUGAAGCUUCUAGGAAUGUCGAGGUCGUGGAUGGGGAUUAUCAAGUUUUCUUGCAAAAUUUUAUCCAGGACGAAGAUGGGAAGUUGCAUUCUAUUUUUAUUGUGGGUACCCGUUCGACGAAAGGAAAACCUAAACCUCUGGCAGUUCCUGGCAGAUCUGAUGGUGAUGAAGAUGAGGGUUGCAUUUGCCUUGGCAAUCCAAAUGGAGAAGGAGAUUCGCUAUUCAGGGAACAAGUGAUGAAGAUUUUAAGAAAGCCAUAUAACAAGGAGGAGCGCCAAAGGCUUGCGGAAGACAUGAAAGCUACCAAACCAGUUGAACGCAACUUGGACUUACGCCAUGGGAGGGAACAGUCCUAUUUAACUAAUAAGAAUGGGAAAUCAUACCUUGAUCACUAUCCUGCGGUGAAGUUAAUGUUCUGUUUGGCAUUUUCAUCUUCAUGCUUAGAUGUUGAAUUUGUCUGUAUAUGA